AUGAAGGGGACGCAAUGUUGUUCACGGAAAUUUAAGGAAGCUGGCAUUAUCAAAGCAGAUAUACAAACAGCGUUGCAUACCCUUGAACAAGUUUUGGGGACGUUUGAGAAAGCGAGUAGCAGUACUGUCAGUGUAAACAAAGUGGAGAGCGGAAGUUCAGUAGGCCUAAAGAAGGUUCACGCCAACUUGCCUAAAAUUGAGAUGCCUAAGUUUUCAGGGAAGCCAGAGCAGUGGCAAGAGUUCUGGGACACAUUUGAAAGUUCGGUCCAUAACAACCAAGCUGUGGCAGAAAUUGAUAAGUUUGCUUAUUUACGACGUUACGUCACUGAUUCGGCCAAGGCAUGCAUAGCAGGGUUUUGCGCAACAGCAGCCAACUACAAAUUGACUGUUGAGGCACUACAAAAGAGGUUUGAAAAGAAAUCCCUUAUUCAGCAAGCACAUAUAAACGCGCUGUUGAACAUUGCGCCUGUUUUCAAUGAUUGGGACGCUGCGAGGCUUAGGAAAUUAUAUGAUACGGUAGAGUGUAACCACAGAGGUUUGCAAGCUCUGGAAAUCAGUUCGGUCACCUACCAGAGUAUUGUUGUGCCUUCAAUAGUGAAAAAGCUACCGGAGGGAAUCAGGCUGGAAUUAAAACGAGGAAAGGACGUAAACGGUUGGUCAGUGGAUGAAUUUGAACUGAGAGAAGAGCACAGCCGAAGUGUAGCGAGAAAUGAGAAGAGGACACCGAGAGAAGAUGCUAGGCCAACUACAGCAAGUGCUCUGACUGCAACAACUUAUUUAUUUUGUGCCUUUUGUAAGGGGAAUCAUGCCCAUCAACAUUGUAGCGCAAUUACUGACGUGAGUCAUCGAAAGCAACUGAUUCGUAAGUACGGGCGUUGUUUUAUUUGCAUGCAGAGAGGUCACAAGGCACGUAAUUGCACGCCAAUUAUUAUUGCGCAGUAUGUAAGGGGAAACAUCACAUCUCCAUAUGCGAGGGCCCUAGGGAGAGGGAGCAAGCUACCCCUGGUUAACAAGUUAACCCUAUUGAAUCCAGUGUGA